GAUAAUUCUCGUGCUCAAACCCAACCAUCUAUCAGGCCUUUAAUGGCCUCAGCCCAUCCACGGAGAUUCGUAAUUUGACUUUCUUCUCCAUUGUUCGUCUCCGCCGGAAACAAUGGUAGCUUCUUGUCUCAGCGUAGUCUCCUUGUACGGAAGCUACCUUCACUAUUCUCUCUCCUCCGCUGGCUUAUCAUCCCAAACCAUCGACAUCGACGAUGAAACCACCAUCCACUUUUGGGGACCCAAAUCCAAUUCUUCCGCCAUUUCUAAACCUCCGAUGGUUCUAAUUCAUGGAUUCGGACCUCACGGUGUUUGGCAAUGGCGACAACAGAUUGUGUUCUUUGCCCGUGAAUUCGACCUCUAUGUUCCUGACCUCGUCUUUUUCGGGGACUCCACAACCAAGUCGUCGGAGAGGUCGGAGGUUUUCCAGGCGGUUUCGAUGGGAAAAUUGCUCGGAAAGCUGGGUGUGGAAAAGUUUUUUGUGGUGGGAACGAGCUAUGGCGGUUUUGUGGCGUACCACAUGGCGGCGAUGUGGCCGGAGAGGGUUGAAAAGGUGGUGAUUUCGAGUUCCGGCGUCAGUCUGAGGAGGGGGGAUAAUCAGGAAUUGUUGAAAAGGGCCGGUUUGGAGAAGAUUGAGGACUUGAUGUUGCCGGGGACGGCGGCUCAGUUACGGACGUUGAUGGGUCUGUCGAUUUUCCGGCGACCAUACAUGCCGGAUUUCUUACUGAAUGACUUCGUUGACGUAAGUAUUCUUACUCCUCUGAUGGAAUCUUCUCAUCUCAUGUUUUCUGCAAAGCACGAUGUAUAGCCCCUCCCUCACUUCCCAUGCAGGCCUCCUUACAAAUCGACUGCCUAUCAUAUCAUGUCAAAACUUUUCCAGAGAAAACCAAAACAACGAUUCGAAAUUAAAAAAUUAAUUAAUUUCUUG